ACGCCGACUAACUUCGCAGCCAAAAAGGCUUCCAAUUGUCGUUGGAAUAAAGUACUUAUUGCAACGACUCCACACCAGCAGAGACCUUCUUUCUUUUGUAUCAGUGCGCACAAAGCAGGGAGCCUUACCGUUGUCCUGAUCCUGUCGAUGCCGGUGAAAGUGCCCUGCGAUACGAGACCAAAUAGCCUCCUGGUUGUGCGCAAUCGCGAUUGCUUCAACACCACUUUAGUCGGACAGUCGCCUUGAUCGACCAACGUUUCGUGGCUCUACUUUUCGAGACUGCCUGCCGAACAGAUUAUGCCAAUGUUAUUUUAGCCAUCCGAAGUUGACCGCCUUCCUGCCCCUCGGCGGUGUCUUCACUCACUUCUCCCUGACGCGGCGAGAUAGACACCACGUCAACAAGGCCCUAACGAGUAUAGCCUCCGCCUCCGCAGCCCUUCCUCAAUCUGUCGGCACAGCAAGCCUCCGUUCUGGCCGCGGGCCUGGACAGGCUCGACAUUCGAUCUGACAAUUCCGAAUCUCUCUACUACCAGCAAUUCACCAGCUCAUCUGCCACGAUUUCCGACGAAAUGUCCCAAACCUCUUCCCAGGCCCCAGACAGCUGGAUAGGCACGUUCUGCAAUCUGGUGGGCCACGAGUACUUUGCCGAAGUCAGUGAGGAUUUCAUUGAAGAUGAUUUCAACCUCACGGGGUUGCAAGCACAAGUGCCUAUGUACAAAGAGGCUUUGGAGAUGAUCCUUGAUGUCGAGCCCUCGGAGACGAAUUCGUCAGCCCUCUCGGAGGAAGAGGAAGAAGAAGAGGAGGAAGAAGACGAUGGCAUAUUGGGAGACGAACUGGACGACCCGGCAGACCAGAACGGCGCUGCGCGGCGACAGUCGGGAGUGUCUUCGACUGGUCGACGACAUGGCCGGACAUCAUCUGAUGCUUCAGUCAUUGAAUCCUCGGCCGAGCUUCUCUAUGGGUUGAUCCACGCUCGAUACAUCACCUCCCGACCGGGUAUACAGCAGAUGAUGGAAAAAUACGAGUUGUCGCACUUUGGCUUCUGUCCGCGGGUGUACUGUUCUGGCACCAAGGUACUGCCGGUAGGAUUGACCGACACUCCAGGCCAGCAGACGGUCAAACUGUUUUGUCCCAGUUGCCUUGAUGUGUACACUCCUCCCAAUUCUCGCUUUCAAGCAGUCGACGGAGCUUUUUUCGGCACGACAUUCCCCUGCCUGUUCUUCCUAACAUACCCAGAUCUGGAUGUGGCUCCCUUGAAGAGACGUGCAACUAGAGACUCCACGCAGGGAAAUGAUGACGGCGAAAGUACCUUGAGCCCCACCGAAACAAAUACGACACAGACCGGGAUGACUGCCAGCAGGAGUUCGAGCUUGACAUUACCACAACCACCGUCAAUCCCAGGAGUUAACCAGGGUAAAGAUGACAAGUCAUCCACAACCCUUGCAAGCCUGCCACCUCAGCCGCCUACAAUUAACGGGAUAGCAACCCACAAUCUUGCUCCUGGUCUGGGCAAAGGUAAAAUCUACGAGCCUAAGAUCUACGGAUUCAGAGUGUCGGAACGAGCAAAGAGCGGACCGAGGAUGAAAUGGCUCAGGUCGAAACCAUUGGACAUUAAUGAGUUGGACGAGGCAAGAAUUUGGCACGAACGGUAUGGUGGAACCGUUGAUGGUGAUGAUGAGCCGCCUGUUGCUGAUACCGAUGAAGAACAAGACAACGAAGACGUCGAUGAGGUAGAGGCCGAUCCGGAUGGAGAUGCCGUCAUGGCUAGUCAGAGCCAAAUCCUCAAGAAUGACAACCAACCCAGAACGAGAUCGAAACGACAGCCCGAAGCUGAUGGAGAUGCGACCAUGACGACGACCACCACACAAGCUCAAGGACAGAAGCGUGGUAAGGCCAGACUUAAGUCUGCGAAUGUCGCGAGCCAAGGGCAACAAGGUGGUAAUGGCGGUUGGAUAUGAGAGAAUGAGGCAAGAAGACAAGGGUCUAACAAGCUUAUGAUGAAAGCGCCGGUAUUUCAGGAUGUGAACGACUUGAGAAAUAUGCCACCAUCAGUGGCUGUAUGCGGAAAAUCACUCCCGGGCAUGGUUAACCGCUUCUUCGUCACGACUGUCAGUUACAGCGGGAAGCAGGGGUCGAGGUUGAAUGGAUAUUGUUCAACCGAAGCACGGAAAAGAUGGCGUUCGAGUUCAAAAAGGAGACCGGGUGAUUCUGCUCCCUACCAUUCUAUCCUAUGAUUUCGGAGCAGGAAAGAAGUUUGAAUGACCGCCGUCCGUGUUUUUUAACACUGCACCCACGCCAUUCCAUACCUUGUCACGCAUGCAACUCACAGAUCACAAUCGCAGCAUCCGAAGGAGAGGUGUCAGGGGUUCAAUGCCAUCUGUUCACUGCAAAUGAACGGUUAGCCCAGUUCGUUCCCAAGGGGAUCUUACCAUCCAAUGAAAUGGAAAGAAGGAACAAAAAAACUCGAAGUUCGCAUCAUCAGAUCUAUCAUGUCGGCUAAGCAUCUCUUCCUCUUCUCGGUACCGAAGGCAUUUCGAAUACCUCUUAUGUCAAACUUGGGGUCUGAGAGGUUACAGCAGGAGAUGAUGGAUUGGGACGGAUAGUGGGCGGCGUGGUGUAGCGUGUCGUUUCAUUUUUCAUUCCUGUACUUUUACCCACCGGCUGCAUUUGCUAUUUACUGGUACUGUACGAUAAGACCACGAGGAUCAGAGAAGAUCGGUCUGGAUGAAAUUCAGAUUUGGUCUUGACGGAGCUUUUCUUACCGUAUGCUUUUCUCAUUCUGCCUUUUUACUCUACCAAACGGCAGUGGCACUGGUCGUGGUAGUGCCAUAGAAUGAAUCUUUCGCCCACUGCAGGUUUGUACAAUGUUGUAGCCCGGAUGGUGACGCUUCGUCGCUUUCUCAUCCUGUGGUUCUUUUUCUAUCUCCUUUACCGGCGGUCAGCAUGGUUCGACUGGCAUGAUAGCUACUGGGUAUGUAACCAUCUCGUGUCUAAGGGUACCUAGGUAUGUUGUAUAUGUACAAGGUCCUGCUGCUGUGCUGUUCAUAUUUACAUCCUCCUUAGACGCAUCCCUAG